AUGGGUUUUCGUUUACCUAGUAUCAGAAAAGCAUCUGCAAACCAAGUUUCUUCAAAAGUUGUGGAUGUGCCAAAGGGCUACCUAGCGGUGUAUAUUGGAGAGAAGAUGAAGCGGUUCCUGAUACCUGUAUCGUACUUGAACCAACCUUCAUUUCAAGAUUUGUUGAGUCAAGCUGAGGAAGAAUUUGGGUACGAUCAUCCGAUGGGUGGUCUCACAAUUCCUUGCAGAGAAGACGUGUUCCUAGAUACUAUUUCUAGCUUGAAUAGGUGUUAG